AGCACUGCUGUUGCAUUUGGAUGAACAAACCUGCCGCCGCUUCAGUUCAGCCCCCCCGCGACCUAACCUUCAACUCGACAAAACCACACUUACCAUUUCCCAACAUCAAAAUUGCUCUCGACCCGCACGACUCGCACUCACCAAAUUCCACUCCCUAUCAUCGUCUAGGCCCUGUUCCGACAGCGUUCUAAUUCUCCAGCACAACCAACCCGAAUUAACUAGGGUCUAACCAGUCUUGUCUCGCGAUUGCCCAGCAUCGCCCACCAUCCGGAUUACCGCCAACGACAGGGACGGGAAUGGUCCCUUCAAGACCCCAUCUUGACACGGCUAUUAGGAUACGGCCUUCACGAUAGGAAAUAGUAAAGGCAACCCACAAUACGGGCGCCGCCACCACGCGAUGCCUCCGCCGCUCAACCGGUUCCCGAGUGGGCCCAACACCAUCUCACCCUACCAUCAGCAGUUCCCCUCCCAUGCCCAGCACGCGACGAGCCAUCCGCCGCCCAUGGGCGCUACCGCAGCCUACCUCAACGCCCAGGUCGGCCAGGGGAAUCCCUUCGCCGGCAAUAGUAACCUAUUGGGCCUAGGGGGAGGGCUCAAUGCCGGCGCCGGCUUCGGCGCUGACUCCGGCCUCGCCAGCCACGCCGCCCGCAUGGGCUUCGCGCAUGCCGGCAACCUACAACAACACCAACAGUCACAGCAACAAGCCCUCCAGCAACAACAAUCACAGCAUUCCCAGCAUGCCCCACCCGUCCAACACCCGCAACAUGCACAGCAGCAAGGCCAUGGCUUGGUGGAGCACGCGACACGGGCUGCGCAGAAGGGGCGGAUAAGAGAGGUCUGGAAACAUAACCUGGAAGAGGAGAUAGCGCACCUACGGGUGCUGAUUGAGAGUUAUCCGUACAUUGCCAUGGACACCGAGUUUCCAGGCGUCGUCGCGAGACCCAUGGGGGGCUUCCGAGGGAAGAGCGACUACCACUACCAAUGUCUGCGCACCAACGUGGACCUGUUGAAAGUGAUACAGAUCGGCAUCGCCCUCUUCAACGAAGACGGCGAACAACCCCCGGCCCGUCCAACCUCGACCGACUCGGCAGAGCUACGAAGGGCUGGCACCCAGGCGCCCCUGCCGUAUGCCUGGCAGUUCAACUUCAAGUUCUCCCUCAAGGAAGACAUGUACAACUCGACGUCCAUCGAAUCUCUGCAGCAGGCAGGCAUCGACUUCCCCGCCCUCGAACGGGACGGCAUCGACCCGCGCGACUUCGCAUCCCUCAUAAUCCCCUCUGGCCUCGUAUGCUUCGAAGACGUCCGCUGGAUAAGCUUCCACGGCGGCUACGACUUCGGAUACCUCACCAAAUUGCUGUUCUGCGAACCACUACCCUGUGACGAGUUCGAGUUCGACCAGAACAUGAAGCGCUACUUCCCCUCGACGUACGAUGUCAAGCACCUCAUGAAGCACGCCAUCAAGCUGCACAACAGCGGCAUGCUCACGCCCACCGACCCGACCGCGAUCGAGAUCAUGCAAAAGUUCGAGCAAAAGUCGGGCCUCGAGCACAUCGCCGAGACGCUCAAGCUCAAGCGCGUCGGCAACGCCCACCAGGCCGGCUCCGACAGCCUGCUGACGGGCCGCGUCUUCUUCGAGCUGCGCAAGCGCAUCUUCAACGGCGACAUCUCGGACGACCACCUCGGCAAGGUCUGGGGCCUCGGCAUCCCCGACUUCUCCAUCGGCGGCGGCGCCAACCCCUCCAACAACCCCGGCGGCGGCAGCCAAGUCGAAAACACCCCACCAGGCCACCACCACCACCCCAACGGCGGUGGUGGCAGCGGCCCCCUGCAGAACGGCGGCGCCACCCCGAGCACCCCCAACACGGGCAGCGUCGGGCUGGCCGGCACCCCCGCCGCCUCGUCCCACAACACCAACGGCACCACCAACGUCGGCAGCAGUGGCGGCGGCGGCGGCGGCGGCGGCAUGGGCCCCAUGACGCCCGGCGGGGGAGGCGGCGUGUUUGGGGCGUUUGCGUUUGCGGGGAAUGCGCGGUAGUGGGUGGGUGGGUGGCGUUUGACCUAUCAAGUAGAAUAGAAGAAAGGGGAUAUCAAGGAAACGGAAACCUUUUUUUUUUCCUUGCUGCGUUUCUUGCUGCGUGUGUUCUACUCUACUCUGGGUUCUUCUGUCUCUGGUCGUCUCUGUUGUGCAGCGUUGUGCGUGGUGCGGUGUUAUUAAGGCCCUUCCUUGCUUGUAGUUAUCUCGAAAAAGGGGUGGGGGUGGUCGGUUGGUCGGUGUCGGUGUCGGUGUCGGUCGGUGUCGGUCGGUAGGACGGACGGAUUGCACGGCGGGCGGGCAAAGGGAAAGGGAAUGGAAUGGCG